CCUUAGUCACUUGUUGCUCUCUCUCUCUCUCUCUCUUCGUCUAAAUUCACCCGUUAAUUACAAUCCAAACUUGCCAUUCUCGUUUUAGUUUCUGGGUUUUGUCCAAAACUUCGAAACAGAGUGUCUAAUCUUGCAAAAAAAAAAAAGUGUAAAAAAUGACAGUAGAGCGAGUAAUCAGUGAAAAAAAGGAUCAGUUUCCAAUUGGAAUGCGAGUUUUGGCCGUUGAUGAUGACCCAACUUGCCUUUUACUGCUCGAGACUCUGCUUCGUAGAUGCCAGUACAAUGUUACUAUAACAAGUCAGGCUGUCACAGCAUUGAAGUUGUUGAGAGAAAACAAGAACAACUUUGACUUGGUUAUCAGCGAUGUCCAUAUGCCCGACAUGGACGGUUUUAAGUUACUUGAGCUUGUGGGGCUUGAGAUGGACCUGCCUGUCAUAAUGUUGUCUGCAAAUGGAGAUACUAAACUUGUGAUGAAAGGGAUUACUCACGGAGGUUGCGAUUAUUUGCUGAAACCUGUUCGAAUUGAGGAGCUACAAAAUAUAUGGCAACAUGUAGUCAGAAGAAAGAAAUUUGACAGGAAAGACCGGUAUAAUUCUGGCAGCCAAGACAAGGCUUAUACCGAUAGUGGUGAGGCUGCAAGGAUGGGAAAUGUUGAUCAGAAUGGGAAGCUCAACAAAAAGAGAAAGGACCAGAAUGAGGAAGAGGAUGAGGAGCGUGAUGAAAAUGGGCAUGAUAGUGAGGACCCAUCAACCCAAAAAGAGCCUCGUGUUGUUUGGUCAGUGGAAUUGCAUCAUAAAUUUGUUACAGCGGUUAAGCAGUUGGGCAUUGACAAGGCUGUACCCAAAAAAAUCCUAGAAUUGAUGAAUGUUGAAAAGCUUACCAGAGAAAAUGUUGCCAGCCAUCUACAGAAAUAUAGGCUUUACCUGAAAAGAAUCACCUGUUUGGCAAACCAGCAAGCGAAUAUGGCAGCAGCGGUGGGCAGUGCAGAUUCUACCUAUUUGCGGAUGGGAUCUCUGAAUGGACUUGGGAAUUUCCAUACCUUGGCUGGAUCUGAUCAACUUCGUAAUGCAGCCUUUAGAUCUUUCCCACCUGGUGGGGUGCUUGGAAGAUUGAACACACCUGCUGGUCUAGGCAUGCAUGGCCUUCCUUCUCCAGGAAUGAUUCAAUUAAAUCAUGUGCAAAACUUGGGUAAUACCAAUAAUGAUCAGAGCAAGUUGCAAUCUUUCGUAAUUCCUGGAAACCAUAAUGCUAACAUACUACAAGGGAUGCCAAUGUCAUUAGAACUUGAUCAACUACAAAAUAACAAAGGAGUUAACCACAUUGGAGAGCUGUCAACUGCUGAUAAUUCGACUGUUUUCCCUGUUUCUGGCAGUUUGAUAAAUGCAAGAACAACUGGAUGCUCCGAUAAUCCCCUUCCUGGUGUUACAAGCAACUCCUUGAUGUUAGAAGGAAGCUCUCAGCAGGCCACUUUGCAUGCUAGUAAUUUGAGAGACAGUGUUUCUGCAAUGGGCUUCAAAAGUGGGAAUCCUUUAUCUCAUUUUACGUCCAUGGCUCCUGCUUCCGAUCAAUUACAGGAUUCAAAGGCAGAUUUACAAAGCCAAGCAUCCCCAAUCAGCUGUAAUGCAGGGCAAAUAAUCAGAAAUGCUCCUCAAGAAUGGAAUGCCGCCAGAAAAGAUGCCACUUACCAAUCAAAUGUUAUGUGUUGUUCAAUAAACUCUUCAAUCUCUGUUAAUGGUGCUAUGGAUCACUUGGGCCCGUGCUUGGACCAAAAUAACCCAAUUUUCCAAAGAAAUAUAGACUUGGAUUCUAUUGGACCGUCAAAUUUUGUUGAUCCCUUAUCUAUCAAGCGUUGUGAAGGUGAAAACUUAGCUAUGGAGCCAUCAGUUACACAAAAGGAAGGGUAUUUUGUAGUCCAACCAAGGCUGCAGGGAAGUUACAUUCCUGAUAACAUUGGCUCCUUGGAAGAUCUGGCAAGUGCAAUGAUGAAGCGGGAACAAGAUAAAGGGGAAGCAGCGGAUGGCAAUUUUGGAUGCAAUGCUUAUUCUCGCAGGACUAAUUGCAUCUGAGAUUAGAAUGUAG